AUGUCCAAACAAGAGCUCGGAAUGGGCUGUAAGCCCUUAUACCCGGGCGUGUCCGUGUCUUAUGGAUAUGUCCCCACGCUGGGUGCGGGCAUUGCCUUUUGCACGCUGUUCGGACUGUCGAUGAUCCUCCACACGGCGCAAUUCUGCUGGAAACGCACAUGGUGGUGCAGCGUGUUUAGUAUCGGGGCGAUGGGUGAGUGGCAUACCCUCUGGCCGACCCCAUCGACGAGAAUUAUCACUCACUCACAUGCAACAGUCGAGGUGCUGGGAUGGGCCGGACGAACAUGGUCGUCAAAAUGCCCGUAUAAUUCAAAUGCAUUUCUGAUGCAGAUCUCGACGCUGAUUAUCGCCCCAACCUUCUUCACAGCGGGUAUCUACGUCCUCCUGGGCCGUUUCAUCCAAAUCCUCGGCCGCGAAUCCUCCAUCCUGAAACCAAGCCUGUACCUCUGGAUCUUCUGCACCUGCGACGUGAUCUCGCUGGUCGUGCAAGCCAUCGGUGGCGGCAUGGCCUCGGGCGAGUCCAACAAAGUCAACGGCAACACGAAGCCCGGCACCGACGUAAUGGUCGCGGGGAUCGUGUUCCAGCUGUUCUCGAUUACCAUCUUUGUGCUGUGCGCUGCCGACUUCAUCCGCCGCUCGAUGCGCCACCAGCUGCUACAGAGGCUGUCUGGGUCUGUGGUGCCGCUCUUCGCUGCUAUGCUGCUCUCCAUCGUCUGCAUCUAUAUUCGGAGCAUCUACCGUACUAUUGAGCUGUCGCAGGGCUGGACCGGGUAUUUGAUUACCCAUGAGUCGUACUUUAUUGGUCUUGAUGGCGCCAUGAUGGUUGUUGCUGUUGCUAUCUUCAAUGUUUUGCAUCCUGGUUGGCUGUUGCCCAGCAGUGAGUCGGUUGGUGAGAAGAGGGAUAUUACUUCUUCGGCGGAUGGGGAGGAGACGAAUGGUGUCUCUUCUUCCCAGCUUUGA